AUGAAACCCAAAGGAGGCAAUCGUAAACAACCAGCUGGUCCUCAUGGAUUCGUUCGGAAGACACGCAAGAACAACAAGGAGGGUUUAUCGAGCAUCAAGAAACGUAUACGCGAUUUGGGCCGAACGCUGAAAAAGGGGACACCCACAGCUGCAAUGAGAGUUGAAGUGGAAAGGAAGCUCAAAGCACUCGAGUACGAAUAUGGCGAGAAGUACAUUGAUAAGCAUGAACACGAGUUGUCCUCCAAAUAUCGAUCUGUCAAACACUUUGAAUUGAAGAAGGCAGAACGCAAAGUGAGAAGAGCACAAAAGGCAUUGGAUGCUGCCGAAACGGAUGAAGAAAAGAAGAAGCAUGAACAAGAGCUUGAAGAGAGCAAGAUUGAUCAAUUGUAUAUAGAGUAUUACCCCAAGACCAUGGCAUACAUUUCAUUAUACGCAGAGGAGAAGGAACAAAAGAACAAGGAAAGGAACACAAAGACACGACAAGAGCUCAAGGAUAAAAUCAAAAAGAUCCGCGACACACAUGGCGACUUUGAUGAGAUCUCUCGAGAAUAUCGGAAGAAACUUCGCAACGAGUUGCUGGCACAAGGCAAGAUUUUCGAGACGACUGGCGCUGAGAACGAGAUGGAAGCAACAGAAUCAACCAGCAAAAAGGACACGGCUGCUGCAAAUGAUGAUACUAUGGAGGAUGACUUUUUCGAAUAA